AUGGGGAAGCUGCCAGAGUACAAGGUGGUGGUUGUGGGCACAAGUAGUGUGGACAAGAGUGUGCUGACGAUCCAGCUGCUCCACCAGUGCUUUGUGGAGGACCAUGACCCCACUAUCCAGGAUUCCUACUGGAAGGAGUUGGCCCUGGGCUGCGAGGGCUGCAUCCUGAAUGUGCUAGACAUAGCAGGGCAGGCUACCCUUCCUGACCAGUGUGUUGCUAACAGUGAUGGUGUGUUGGGUGUCUUUGCCCUUGAUGACCCCUCUUCUCUAACCCAGCUGCAGCAAAUAUGGGCCACCUGGGGCUCUCACUACACCCAGCUCCUUGUCCUGGUGGGCAAAAAGUGUGACCUUGUUACCACCACCAAGUUAUAA